AUGGAUAAUGGCACGGGAAGCGUCGCGCGAUCGCUGCCAAAAGCCAACGCGGGACCAGAUCGAUCGGGCGCCCCGCCCAAUCCCAUUUGGGUGGCCACGCCGGCCAACACGAGAGUGGUGCAAGUGCAAGCCAUGGGCUCCGUCGCCCCUCCGCCCCGGCCCGACUCGACCCCACCCAACACCUCUGCCGGCUCACACAGCAACACCGCCUCCUCUUCCGAUACGCUCUCUGAAUCCCUCCUCUCCCUCGAUGCUGCGCUACCCAAACUCGCAACCCAACACACGCAAGAGCCGUCGCACGACUCGGCCGUCUCAACGCAUCAACCCUCACUUGACUCCCACAGCUCCCGCCAUGACGACACGCUAGCCACACCAUCGAGCGCAGUCACCACCUCCGCAUCCGACCCGGUCCCGACCCAAGCCUCAGUCCAUCCCGCUUCUCAGCCCAUCUCCCUGCCGCAGUCUUCCUCGGCCUUUGUCACUUCACCUCAGCGAUUCUCCAGUCUCGGUCGUCGUUCCGCCGCACGUCUGACCUUGGACCCUUCCACUCUCCCAUCCUCCCUCCAAAUGCCACGGGCGCUCGCUCGCGACAUCAACCAGGAGCUCGAAUCGCCAAAAUCGCCUUCCGAUGCACUCCCAACCACUCCUCGCAACGAGCGAAGGAUGAGCAUGCUCGACUUUCUCGCCACAGACUCGCCCACCCACCAAGCCGUCCAGCCUGCCCCCGCCAGCCUCUCCGCCGAGCAUCUGCCCGCUUCCAUGCCCUUGAUGCAGGCCAGCCAUCAGUUCAGCCUCGGUGCCUCGGCCUCCUCCUCCUCCUCCUACGCUCCAUCCUCCUCCCGUCACACAAAGGUAGACCUCUGCCAAAACGUCUCGGUCAGCGUAGAGCCCCUCGUCGAUCGCCUCACCAUGUUUGGUUCCAUGCAGUCCAGCUCCAACUAUUCCCUCGCGGGCACCGUCGUCGUCGAGGUGCCCAAGCUCGACGUCCCUCGUGUCUCGGCCGCAGCCGCAAUCAGCCCCGACGGCUCCGUCUCCGACCACCCUGCCAUCCACGUCGAAGCGCUCACCGUCUGCUUCAUCGGCUACUCGGUCUACGUCGAUGCAACCGGCAGAUACAACGCCAUCAAGCUCGCAGAAAUAUCGCAAGAACUUCUACAACCGCAAGGAUGCACCUGCCCGGUACCCUUGGUCGAGCACACCGACGCAUCCCCUUCGCACCUCGAUGCUCCUUCGCCCACGGUCAAAUACGAGACCGAAUUCGACCUCUCCAUCCCCGGUUGGCUUCCUGCCUCUCAACGCUCGCGCUUUGGCGCCACCUUCUACUGCGUGCAGGCAUCCGCCACCGUUCAAGGCAGAGCCGUCGUCUCCGCCCUCGCCGCCUUCGGUCGCAGACCAUCCGACGGCCAAUCUCCGUCCAUCAACACCGCCACAUCACUCGAAGCAGAGCAGCGCGAGCCCAUCGUCGCCGCCAGCGCUGUGGAGCGCAAGGAAUCCGUCCAGUCUGCCUCCGCCACUGCGCGGCCCAAAUCCAAGGGCACCUGGCUCAACAAGAGAGCAAAGCAGCUACAGCUCAGGACCUCCAAAAAGUCAUCCCCCUCCGAGGCAGAACUCACCAGCUCCGUCGCCAUCGGCCGCCGAGGUUCGGGAUCCAAGGACUUAGUAUCGGCAUCGGGCGAGAGCGAUCCUCUCUUCUCCAAAACCAGUGAGGCUUCCAACCAGACUCUGCCUAAUGGCCAGCAUCUGCUCAAAAGCGAGUGCAUCAGCAUCUUGGUACGCCGCUGCAGAGACGUCGUCCCCGUUCCUGUCGCCAGACUCGCUCGACUCGCCAUCGCCGGCGACGUGCCAUCCGCCCAAGAUGCGCCACCACACUCGCUCUCACAGAGCAUGCUCGCCCUGGCUGCCCUGCAAGAGGCGCCUGCCACCUCCAAUGCUCGCAUAGCGCCCACAGCACCAGCGCCAGCACACGAGAGACCUCACCUGCCUGCUUCCGUCUCCGCACCGACCAUCAUUGCGCCGCUCUCCAAUUCACACCAGCAGCUCGACGUUCUCAGUGCAAGUGGCACCAGCGCUGCAAAUGCCGCUGGCGAAUCGACCACGGCGCCGGCUUUGGCGCCAUCUCCAAACAUCGACACUCAUCCGGCGCGCAUGGGCCCCCACGAUGCUCCAUCUACUGCGCAGAGCUCGGCGAUUCUCGACGCCGAAAGGGAGUCGAGGUCCAUCCUUCCGCCCGCACCCAGCGCCUUUGAUGCACCUCGUGAUCCAGCCAAACUGGCAGCAGCAACGGGAGGCAUGACGCCCUCGGCUACGCUGCCCAACAUGCCUUCCUCAAGGAGCCGUGCUUCCUCGCUGCUCGACUCGCGCUUCGGCAAUGCCAACUCGCCACCGCGCACCUCGUCCAGAUCCGCCUCAGUAGGCCGCACCUCGGCGCCCAUGCGUCAUUUUGUGCACCGUCCAACACUGCAUCUGCCGCCUGCUCUCGGCGUGACGCCAGACAGCGAAGCCGACGGCGGCCUCGUCUUUUCCCUCACCCUCUCCCUGCCUUCACACGUUCACGUCGCCGGUCCCAAGGCCGACGUGCUUAGCUUUGGCGUUCAGAUCGAGGCAGGCCGAACACCAGGCUGGGAGGCGCUUCGCAGGUGCGGCGGCCUGCGGCUCAAGGACAUGGAGCUCGUCUGUCUCCAGACCGAGCGCCAUAGUUCCAUGCCUUCCCGUUCUUUCGUACACACUUUCCCAGUGCCGCCGCCGCCUAAUCGCGUCGAGGCAGCCGAUUUACCCGUUGUUACUGCUUCGCGCAGAUCGACUGCCGCCUCGUCGCCGGCACAAGCAGCAGCCGAGAAGCAACUUCGCGCAAGCUACGACCGAUCGCUCGUCCUCGGCCAUGUCUCCCUUGCCAAUCAAGGAAAGGCACCACAUCCGAUCGAGCACAAUGUGGAGCGUGUCCGCACGACGAUCGUAGGUCCGCCGCCCUUUGUUCUCCGCAAACGAGCCGGCGACAAUCUCGAACGAGAUGCGGCCGAUUCCUCCCGCAAAGGCAAGGCAACGGCCACCAACAGGGCCAUUUCAACCUCCGCUGCCAGGUCCAACGGUGCCACGCGAAGCCCGCAGCAGAACAGUCCCGCGGGCUCCGGUGCAAACACGCCGGACGGACACUCGCAGAGCGCCGGUGUGAACUCUCUGAGAGCUGCAUUCGCACCGACUGCGCUUGCCACCGCGUCGCGCUCGCGCGGAAGCGUGAUGCAGCCGGCGCCUAGGGCCCUGGCGCGCUCCAACAACUCGAGCAGCUCUUCGCUCCGAGCCGCCUUCCAAGGCACUGAUGGGUCAGGUGCGAUGCAGCCUGCGCCACGCUCCGGCACAGUGGGGCCAGCCUCGUCCAACGCUGCAGCGCCUCGAAGCCGAAGACCGAUCCCCUUUGAAAUGGACCUGACGAGCGUUCCGGCAGGCACAGCAGCAGAAGACGGCACUGCCCGUGCCGACGGCACCACCCCAGCAGAAGACGGCACUGCCCGUGCCGACGGCACCACCCGUGGAGAGGUGACGGAAAUGGAGUCCGAGGCUCCGAUCGUGCCGCCAGCUUGGACGCGCGAUCGUGGGCCUGGAGCAUCCUCCACUUCGGCUGCAAGGCCCACCAUCACAUCGACAGUCUCUACGCGCGCUGACACUCAGUCGGCGCCGCGGAGGAGUCGCUUCGAGACCGCCAUCACGCGAUUGUCGACGUUUGCAAGCUCCAUGCUCGAGCAACCGGCGGAGACCUCGGGCGCCGGUCCGGGUCAGGAUGUGCGAGGUGGGAGCCGCAGCGCGCCUCGAGAUCGGACGGAAGGGGCAGCGGCUAGCCUGCGCGCUUCGUAUGCAUUCGCUGGCGAUGACGGACAAGGCGUGGACCUGAACAAAGGCCGAGUGCGCAUGACCAUCAAUCUUCCGCUCGUCUCGAACGACAUGGAAGCCGCGCGCAAGGCGGGCAGCGCGCAGCUCAUUCCCGACUUUGAGAGUCCUUACGUUCGCGUGCGCCACAAGCUCAAGGUCAAGCUUGGGUUUGGGAUGAAGUCGAACGUCGCCACAGGCCCGGAUGGCGAGGACUGGGUGCAGGCGCUGGUCAUGUGCGUCCCCGUGCGAUUCACCGAGGCGCCGCCCAGAGAGGUGCAGGAGCAAUUUGGACCGGUGAACGGGCUGGCAGGCACGCCGCGGGCGGCAGGAUCAGGUUCGCAGAGUGCGCCAGAUCGAAGCAGGGAUGCUGCCGACACUGUGACCGCUUCGACUGAAGCAAUUCCAGGAAACGAUGCGACAGCGGCUCAGUCUGCGCCUGGGGCGGCGCCCUCGUUCGUGGAGCCCCUUCUGCCUGCGUACGCACAACUGUUCCGCGAGGACGGCUCGCGUCUGGCCGACGAGGGCGAGGAUCUGCCACGCUAUCCCGGCCGGAUGUCGGUGGUUGGCGAGAUCGACGAGGAUCUCGGCACCGGUGCUCCGGCCACGGACAGCGAACACGGUGGCGCGAUCGCCCACGCCGAGCGUACUGGUCAUUCGCUUUCGACGGUGGAUGAAGACCAUGCGUCGAGCCCGCGUAGAUCGUCUGACGAGAUGGACGAGCUCGCACACCCCGGCACCGAAGUGUCACCUCACUCCGCCCAGGGAUCACCGCCGGACGCAGGCAUUUCUGCGUCGAGAUCGAUGCAGCUGAGCUCGGCGCCUACGCUUAUGGACCGUACGACGAGUCUGCCUGGGCACCGCAUGCUGACACGCACGAUCUCGACGGGUGUGUUUGGGCUGCGCACUUCGCCGUCGCAUCCGUCGCUGCCGGGUGCGAGCCAGAGCGCGACGGCGUCGACGUUCCAAGAAGCGAGCGGCAAGGCUCGCGUAGGCUCGUCUGCAUUCGACCCGCUGCCCGGGCGUCCGGUUAUGCGUCGGCGCUCGGCCACGACGGCGUCGCUCAUGACGUUUAGCCGCAUCACGCCUGCCGAAGUGCUGGACGAAGCGCUGGUGACGAAUGCGCUGGACGAUGAAGAGGACCGCAUGGACCCGCUGCAGCCCGCGCACGGCCUUGACGGCGUUGGAGGACGUAUGGCACGAGGGACGCUCAGCUCCGGUCAGGACGACGAUGGAGACGACGUCGAACUCGAUGACGACGAUGACGAUGAGGAGGACGACGCGGAGGUGGUGCACGAGAUGGAUCUGCAUUCGGACGAGGUCGAUAGCGGUGUGGACAGCAGCGAUCGCGGCCACCACGACGCGCAGCUCAGCGGCAGCGAGGUUGAGCACGAGGGCGACCAUGCCGAGAUUGGCCGCGCGAUGUGA